AUGCGCCGUCGGGACAGCGACUUGCUCGCCCGCGCGCGGCCAUCGCGGCUCAGUUACAGCUACAGCCAAUGCACGAGUCGCAGCCGCAGCGGCAGCCUCGAGAGUGACUUGCGCGGCGUCUUUAGUGACGUCGGCGACAGUUCAGAGCUCCAGGACGUGGACGACAAGCAGCUGUUGCCGCACGAAACCGCUGAGAAGCGCGAGACGGUGCGCGUGACCGUACGCUUUCGCCCGUUGCUGGCAAAAGAGACGAGCAGUCGACGACCUGCUUGGAACGUGCACGCAGAGAAAGGAACAGUGGAAGCAGCAGUGUCCGGCUCAGGACAAACGGCUCGACGACAAGAGCUCUACGCUUUUGACGAAGUGUAUGGCGGUCAGCACUCUACACAGACGAUCUACGAUGGACUGGCGAGGUCCAUUGCCCGCUCGGCGUUAGACGGCAUUCAUGGCACGAUCUUUGCCUAUGGCCAGACAAGCAGUGGCAAGACGUAUACGAUGCAGGGGUCUGGACUGAGAAGCAGGCGAAUGACGAUGAGCCACGAGCAGGAGGUGGAGACGGAAGAGGAGCGGAGACCGGACGCUGGGGACGGACUCGUGCAGUUGGCUGUGAAAGACCUGUUCGAUGAGAUGGCGAGACGCGUGGAUACCGAGUACUUGGUCCGGGUCUCGUAUCUGGAAGUGUACAAUGAGACGGUGAAGGAUUUGUUGGUCAGCAGUAGUUUGGCAACAACGGGAAAACGGAGGAACUCGACGGUGCAUAUUCGCGAACAUCCUGUGACGGGCGUGUUUACAGAUAACUCGGAACGCGUAGUGACGAAUGCGCGGGGAGUGUUGCAAGCGUUGCGUGAUGGCGAGAAGCAGAGGGCCGUGGAAGCUACGCGCAUGAACGAGCACAGCAGUCGAUCGCACUCGAUAUUCAGAGUCGUCAUCGAAGCGAAGACGCGUCUUGAGUCACCCGUGCCGAGUGACGAUGAUGAGGACGAUGCUGCUGGCGUGGAGGUUGUACGUGUGGGAUGUCUGAAUUUCGUGGACUUGGCCGGCUCUGAAAGCGCUCGUGCUAUCAGCUCUGGUGGCAAAAAGCUCACGACGGAGAGCGGUAAUAUUAACAGGAGUUUAUUGGCGCUCUCGAGGGUUGUCGUGGCGCUUAGCAACAGCAAGUCUCCAAGCCAGCAGGAUCAUGUCAACUUUCGGGAUAGCAAGCUCACACGCAUACUGCAGCCAUCACUAAGUGGUGCUGCACGCGUCCUGUUCGUGUGCUGUGCAUCUCCUUCACCUACUUACAUCGAAGACACUCGCAGUACGCUGAAAUUUGCUAGCCGUGCGAAGCGAAUCAAAGUGAACGCAUCGGUCAAUGAAGUGGUGGACCAACGUGCUCGCGCGCUGAUGGAGCUUUCUCGAGAGAAUCAGCUUUUGCGUCGACAGCUGGAGACUUUUGCGUCAGCAAGUCGUGAUGAAAUGGAUGCUAUGGAAGACUACAUUGUUCGUCAGCGCAUGCGUAUUGUCUCACUGGAGGCCGCUGCAGCUGCUUCGGCACGGACUUCUCUCGUUGUGAGAGCGGCAGCUUUGGACACGAUUGAGAAGGACGGAUAUGAAGGACAGCUGAGAGUUCCUGGAUUCGAAGAAGUGAAUUCGCUGACUGACUUGGACAACGAAGUGUUGGAAAUGGACUUAUCUGACGGAGAAAACACGUACGUCGAUAGUCAAUUUGGCUCGCUAACCGAGUCACCGCUCUUGGUUGCCGAUGCGGCAUGCGCAACUUGCGAAGCUCUCGACGCCGCCUUGGAGAGUGCCAAGACACGCGAACUGGAAUCUCACAAGCGCAUUGAGCAACUGGAGGCGUAUAUAGAUCAGCUGCAGCAUCGAGAGGAUGACAAGAGGAGCAGCUGUGCUACUGUUACUACUGCUACCGAUGAAGGUCCAGAUGGUGGAGGACAGUGUGUGUUGAGCAUUGAGAACGAUGAAACGGACGAAAUCACGGCGCUCGCCAGCAGCGAAGAAGGUGGUGCUUGGAGGAGUGUUCACGCACGCAGCUUCAGCUUAUCAAGUGCAGCAUUAUUGGCUGUGGUGGUGGAUACUUUGAAGAAGCGCAGUCCGGUUGAGGCACUGGUGAUUGUGGGGAUUGUGUGCACGUGUGUAGCCAUUGUGCUGGCAAGUGCUGUUUGGAACAUCGCGACAGGAUUGCUAUAA